CUAACUACGCUACUAAACGUUAGCUAGCUAACUAACUGGCUCUGAAAAGUACUUUUUUUCCCCAACACAGUAGUACUCCAGCUAAGCUACUUACUUUAUAAAAGGUAACUACGCAAGUGUCUUUUGAAGGUCGUAGAAAAAUAAAGGGAGAGAGCACGUAUAUUUCCAGAAAAUUGGCUCUCGGUUUAUGAUACGAGUCGGCUCAUGAAUCAAGCGUCAUGAGACACAAGCAACGCGAGGCUUUGGUGGACGAGAAAGGCAACCAAGGAAUUGUCAAAAAGUUACUUAUUUGAUUUGACAGUCGUAGAGAUAUCUCAGAUAGUUAGGGGACACAGACAAAGAUAUAAUCUAUUGUGAGUAGCUAAAACUUUGCAAAUUAAUACGUUUGACUGUUUUAGCUGAUGUAGCUUUCAUAAAAAAUUUGUCGGAGAUGCUGCAAGUGCUGCUAUGUCAUGUGAUGAGGCAUACGUUUCCCAUCACUAGCCAAUACGAUUUCAGUUUCUGUAAGAACCAAUGAUCAACUCAAACGUCAGCGAUAAGGAAAUUUACAAGGGGGCUUACCAAUGUGUGUACUGAUAAUCGUCGGAAACAGAAUCGGGAGGUGGUUCGAUGGCGUGUUGGCGACCCCAUCCUAUCUGAUUGGUCUUCGUUCUUGGUCUGGCGAUGGUGCGCGGCUUGUGGGCGGUGCUUCGGGUGGUGUCCAGCGAGGGACGGGCUUUGUUAAAGCCAAAUAUACCUGUUUCUGGAGGACUAGGCAUUCCAAGAAAUCCUAUAUUUCACUCCACGUCUGUCUUUUUGAGGAAUAUAUCAAGUGAGGUGAGAAAGCUGCGAGGGUCUGCAGUCGGGAUGCCUGAAAUUAAUACAGAUAACCUGGACGAGAAGCAGGUCCAGCUGCUGGCAGAGAUGUGUAUCCUUAUUGAUGAGAACGACCAGAAGACUGGAGCAGACAGCAAAAAGAACUGCCACCUCAACUCUAAUAUUGACAAAGGCUUAUUGCAUCGUGCAUUCAGCGUCUUCCUGUUCAACAGUGAAGACAAGCUGCUCUUACAGCAGAGAUCUGAUGCUAAGAUCACUUUUCCAGGGUGUUAUACCAACACAUGCUGCAGUCACCCCUUACACACAUCCAGUGAGCUGGAGGAGCUAGAGGCCAUCGGGGUGAGGAGAGCUGCAUCAAGACGACUGGAAGCAGAGCUGGGAAUUCCCAUGGAUCAGGUUCCACCAGAGGAGAUGACCUAUUUGACCCGUAUCCACUACAAGGCCCAGUCAGACGGUGUGUGGGGGGAACAUGAGAUUGACUACAUCCUCUUCAUGCAGAAAGACAUAGAGGUGAACCCAGACCCCAACGAGAUCAAGACUCACUGUUAUGUCACCAAAGAGGAGCUGAAAGAGAUGCUGAAGAAGGCCAAGAACAACGAGUUACUGAUCACGCCCUGGUUCAGCCUGAUCGCAGAGACCUUCCUGUUCCAGUGGUGGGACAACCUGCAGAACCUCAAACAGUUCAUGGAUCAUGACAAAAUACACAGGAUGUGAUUCUGCGUGGGAUGUGAAUCUUUGGUUACCACCCAAAAUAGCACUCUAUUCCCUAGGGGCCCUGGUAAAAAGCAGUACACUACAUAGGGAAUAAGGUUCCAUUUGGGAUGUAGACAAUGUUUGUGUGGGGGUUUACAUGGAAAGCUGCUAUGAGGGAUGUAGGGUACUUCAGUCUUACUAGAGUUUGAGAGUUGAUACUUUUAUUUUGAUUUCUUAAAUUGAAUAGAAAGAAUGUGGUAGGAAUGAAAAUCAUAUGGAAUUGACUCUUGUUUAAAAAAAGGAAUGAUUAUGAGGCUGUAUUGAGAUAUGAUUUUUGUAUAGCUUGUUCUGUAUAGCAUUUUCUUUAUGCAGUAGCUAUAUAAGUGCCUGACUGUCACUGAGGCUAAGGUUGUUAUGAACGUUGUUUUUAGCGAUCUGGCACUGUUUCCCAUUUCCCAUUGUAUAGUAAUGUAAAUGUAUUAUAUGGAUAAGCAGAAUUUUUGUUGCGUUUGACUUCAAUAAAAUAUCUAAUUAGGAAAUCAAAUAAUUUGACAAGUAAUAGAAUUGUCCAGUAAAUAUGUUCUUAUAUAGAGCCAGAUACCUCUGACAAUGCACUUCACAGCAUUGGACAGUAGGUGGCAGUAAACACCCACCUUAGUUGUGCUGUGCCUCAACCUUUUCAUGUUUGGUGUUGAAAUUCAACUAUGUAAAAAUGCCUCAAUGCAUAUGUUCACUACUUUAACAUUCAACAACGACAACAUUUUAAAUGUGAUUUUUCUUGUG